AUAAAUAUUAUUCUACAUUUUGUGUGAAUCUUUAAAUUCUGAAAGCAAACGUCAAAAACUUUUUGUCUAUAAUUCCAAAAUUGGUAAAUAAUGAAUCCUUCGUUUCCUUUUCUUCUCUCUCAAUCUCUUUUGAUUUGAUUCUUCUUCGUCGUCGUCGUCGUCUGAAUCCGCGUUUCUUUAACUCCAAAGUCCAACGCCACCACGCCUCCAAAUUUUUCUUCCGCUAGGAUUCAACUUGUGAUCAGUAAGUAGCUUUAACUGUUUAAUGGAGAAUCACGGUCCACGCUAUCCAUAUCCUUAUGGUCAGUAUCCAUACCCUUACCCAUACCCAGCUCCUGCUCCUUAUAGACCUCCCAGCUCUGAGCCAUACCCACCACCACCCCCUACCAAUCAAUACAAUGCUCCUUAUUACCCUUACCCACCACCACCGCAAUAUGCAACACCUCCACCACCGUAUGCAUCACCACCGCCGCCUCAUCAGCACCCUUCAGGUUCCCAUUCUGGUCCAUUAGACUAUAGCCACAACCCACAACAAUCUUCUUCUCAUCCCGGUCCUCCUGAGUAUCACCGACACUCUUUCGACUACCAACAACAACCUUCUCCUUACCCUUAUCCUCGGCCGCAAGCUAACUUUAGCACAUAUGGUCACCCUCCUCACUAUUCGUAUCAAGAGCCACCCCAAUACCCUCCUCCACCUGAAACUAAACCCCAAGAGACUCCUCCUCCUCCUCCUCCUCAGCAAACUCAGGGCUAUCCAGAAUACCGUAGGCAAGACUGUCUCAGUUCUGUAGAUAAUGUAAGCAAUUCUGGAUCUGCUUAUCCUCCUGUGGAUGAACUUCUCAGUGGUAUGCACAUUUCUAAUAAUAACCAACCAGCGCCCUCUGUUCCACAAUUAUCCUCCCUCCCUUCAAACUCUUGGCAAAGUCGCCCUGGUGAUUUGUAUGGUUACCCUAACAGCUCGUUUCCAAAUAACUCUCAUUUGCCACACUUAGGGCGAGUAGAUUCGUCUAGCUCUUAUUCUCCUGUCUAUGGAUCAUCUGAAUCGCCUCAUAGUGGGGAUAUGCAGAUGACUCUGUUUGGUAAAGGAUCAUUGAAGGUUCUAUUGUUGCAUGGGAAUUUGGAUAUUUGGAUCUAUCAUGCAAAGAAUCUCCCAAACAUGGAUAUGUUCCAUAAGACACUGGGUGAUAUGUUUGGAAGAUUGCCAGGGAAAAUUGAAGGGCAGCUUAGCAGUAAGAUUACCAGUGAUCCUUAUGUUUCUGUAUCAGUUGCUGGUGCUGUGAUUGGUAGAACAUAUGUCAUGAGCAACAGCGAAAAUCCUGUUUGGAUGCAGCAUUUUUAUGUUCCUGUUGCUCAUCAUGCCGCAGAAGUUCAUUUUGUUGUUAAAGACAGUGAUGUUGUGGGUUCACAGCUUAUAGGGCUGGUUGCAAUCCCAGUGGAACAGAUUUACUCUGGUGCAAAAACUGAAGGAACUUAUCCGAUUCUAAACAGUAAUGGGAAGCCUUGUAAACCAGGGGCAAAUUUAUCAUUAUCGAUCCAGUAUACCCCUAUGGACAAACUCAGUGUUUAUCAUCAUGGAGUUGGGGCAGGUCCUGAUUACCAGGGGGUACCUGGAACAUACUUUCCGCUUAGAAAAGGCGGAACUGUGAGAUUGUAUCAAGAUGCACAUGUCCCAGAAGGGAUGCUCCCGGGUAUAAGACUGGACAAUGGGAUGUCUUACGAACAUGGGAAAUGUUGGCAUGAUAUGUUUGAUGCCAUACGCCAGGCGAGGCGAUUAAUUUAUAUCACAGGUUGGUCAGUGUGGCACAAAGUUAGGCUGGUUCGUGAUAAAGUAGGUCCGGCAUCAGAAUGUACACUUGGGGAGCUCCUAAGAUCAAAGUCCCAAGAAGGCGUGAGAGUCCUGCUUUUGAUUUGGGAUGACCCAACUUCACGUAGCAUCUUGGGUUAUAAAACAGAUGGAGUUAUGGCAACUCAUGAUGAGGAGACACGGCGUUUUUUCAAGCACUCCUCAGUUCAAGUCCUGCUCUGCCCCCGAAAUGCUGGAAAGCGACAUAGUUGGGUCAAGCAGAGGGAAGUUGGGACAAUCUAUACACAUCACCAAAAGAACGUAAUAGUUGAUGCCGAUGCUGGUGGCAACAGAAGGAAAAUUGUAGCUUUUGUUGGUGGUCUUGAUCUGUGUGAUGGCCGAUAUGACACUCCUCAACAUCCGUUGUUCAGGACACUACAGACAAUUCAUAAAGAUGAUUUUCACAACCCCACUUUUACGGGAAACCUUUCAGGAUGUCCAAGAGAGCCUUGGCAUGACUUACACAGUAAGAUCGAUGGUCCAGCUGCGUAUGAUGUGCUGACCAACUUCGAGGAGAGAUGGUUGAAAGCUGCGAAGCCUAGCGGGAUCAAGAAGUUUAAGACUUCCUAUGACGAUGCAUUAUUAAGGAUCGAUAGGAUUCCAGAUAUAUUAGGAGUUUCGGAUACUCCUACUGUUAGUGAGAACGAUCCUGAGGCUUGGCAUGUUCAGAUUUUCCGUUCAAUCGACUCAAACUCUGUGAAAGGUUUCCCAAAGGAUCCAAAAGAUGCUACGUGCAAGAACUUGGUGUGUGGGAAAAACGUGCUGAUUGAUAUGAGCAUACACACAGCGUAUGUCAAAGCCAUUCGUGCAGCCCAACACUUCAUUUACAUUGAGAAUCAGUAUUUCAUUGGGUCAUCCUACAACUGGAAUGCGCAUAAGGACAUAGGUGCUAAUAAUUUGAUUCCUAUGGAAAUUGCGUUGAAGAUAGCUGAAAAGAUCAGGGCAAAUGAACGCUUUGCUGCAUAUAUUGUCAUUCCAAUGUGGCCAGAAGGUGUUCCAACCGGUGCUGCUACCCAGAGGAUUCUAUAUUGGCAGCACAAGACAAUGCAGAUGAUGUAUGAGACUAUCUACAAGGCGUUGGUGGAGACAGGGCUUGAAGGAGCUUUCUGCCCACAAGAUUACCUCAAUUUCUUCUGUCUUGGGAACCGAGAAAUGGUGGAUGGAAUCGAUAACUCAGGAACAGGGAGUCCAAGCAACGCAAACACUCCUCAGGUAACUAAACGCCGAUGCCUGCUGCUUAACUUUCUCAUGUUGCUGAAACGAGGAGUCCCGAUGGUGUUGCAGGCAUUGAGUAGGAAAAGCAGAAGAUUUAUGAUCUAUGUUCACUCUAAAGGGAUGGUAGUUGAUGAUGAAUACGUACUAAUUGGUUCUGCAAAUAUAAACCAACGGUCAAUGGAAGGCACAAGAGAUACAGAGAUUGCAAUGGGAGCAUACCAGCCUCAACAUACAUGGGCAAGGAAACAUUCUGGUCCUCGGGGUCAGAUCUAUGGAUACAGAAUGUCGCUUUGGGCAGAGCAUAUGGCAACAUUAGAUGACUGUUUCACUCAACCGGAGAGUAUAGAAUGUGUAAGAAAAGUGAGAACAAUGGGAGAGAGAAACUGGAGCCAGUUUGCAGCUGAAGAAGUGUCAGACAUGAGAGGACAUUUGUUAAAGUAUCCAGUGGAAGUUGAUCGAAAAGGUAAAGUCCGACCACUUCCCGGGAGUGAGACGUUCCCUGACGUAGGAGGCAACAUUGUCGGAUCGUUCAUAGCCAUACAAGAGAAUUUAACCAUUUGAGAAGAAGCAGUGUCACUCGCUUUUAACAAUAUUUUUUUCUGUGGAUAUUGGUCACCUUUAAUAAAAUAAUAAGGAAGAUUAAUUUGGUCACCUUUGCACAUUAUUUAUAACUUAUUUAGUGUAUGUAAUAAAUUUAUGAUCCAGAAUAUAUUUUGUAUAAUAUCAAUAAAGUAUAUAGUUUGGCUGCUA